CGGAAACAGAGUUUAUCACCGAAAAAUGGAUUAAAACUGUGUCUUUGGCGGUCAUUGUCGGAGUCUCCGGGCCUUUAGAGGAUGUCCACCACGGCGAGGAGCGGAGACAUCAUCCACCUGAACGUCGGAGGGAAGAGGUUCAGCACCUCCCGCCAGACGCUCACCUGGGUCCCUGACUCCUUUUUCUCCAGCCUUUUGAGCGGCCGGAUCUCGACUCUGAAGGAUGAAACUGGAGCUAUCUUCAUCGACAGGGACCCCUCCCUGUUCGCGACCAUCCUCAACUUCCUGCGGACCAAAGAGCUCCACCCGCGCUCCAUCAACGUGCACAUGCUCAUGCACGAGGCCGAGUUCUACGGCAUCACACCGCUCGUGCGUAAGCUGCAGCUGUGUGACGAGCUGGACCGGUCGUCCUGCGGAAACGUGCUUUUCAACGGUUACCUGCCGCCUGCAGUGCACCCGGCGAAGCGUCGGAACCGUCACAGCGUGGCCGGGUCGCAGUUCAUGGCGGGCCGCGUUGUUCCUGUAGAGCGAGCGCCGGUCCGACGCAGCAACACGAUGCCUCCAAACCUCGGGAAUUCUGGGAUACUGGGAAGAGGCAUGAACGAGGAUCGGACGUCAGGAGGGCACUCAUCUGACCCCGGCAUGGUUCGGAUCAUCUGCGGCCAUCAUAACUGGAUCGCUGUGGCCUACGCGCAGUUCGUGGUCUGCUACAGGGUGAAGGAGUCGACCGGGUGGCAGCAGGUCUUCACCUCUCCCCGCCUCGACUGGAUGAUCGACAGAGUCGCGCUCAACGCCAAAGUGAUGGGCGGGUCGCUGGGAGACAACGACAAGAUGGUGGCUGUCGCCUCGGUGACAGAGAUCAUCCUCUGGUCCAUUUGCCCUGAUGGCAACGGCAAUGAAAUCGGCGUCUUCAGUCUCAAUGUCCCCGCUGAGGCUCUCUUCUUUGUUGGUAACCAGCUCAUCGCCACCAGCCACACGGGGAAGGUGGGGGUGUGGAACGCAGUCACCAAACACUGGCAGAACCAGGAUGUGGUUCCCAUCAGCAGCUACGACACCGCCGGCUCCUUCCUUAUCUUGGGCUGCAACAACGGCUCCAUCUACUACAUCGAUGUUCAGAAGUUUCCUCUGAGGAUGAAGGAUAACGACCUGCUGGUGACGGAGCUGUACAGAGACCCGACCGAAGACGCCAUCACCGCUCUCAGCGUCUACCUCACACCCAAAACAAGUGACAGCGGGAACUGGAUCGAGAUUGCGUACGGGACCAGCUCGGGGACUGUUCGCGUCAUCGUCCAGCAUCCAGAGACCGUGGGCUCAGGGCCUCAGCUUUUUCAGACCUUCUCUGUCCACCGCAGCCCCGUCACCAAGAUCAUGCUGUCGGAAAAGCACCUCAUCUCAGUUUGUGCAGAUAACAACCACGUGCGGACGUGGACGGUGACUCGCUUCAGAGGAAUGAUCUCCACCCAGCCGGGGUCCACGCCGCUCACCUCCUUCAAAAUCCUCAGCCUGGACGACGUGGACGGGCACGGAGGCUGCAGCGCCGGGACCGAGAUCGGGCCGUAUGGAGAGAGAGACGAUCAGCAGGUGUUUAUCCAGAGAGUCGUUCCCGACACGGAUAAACUCUACGUCCGGUUGUCGUCCAACGGGAAGAGGGUAUGUGAGGUGCGUUCGGUGGAUGGGACCUCCAUCACGGCCUUCAUGGUCCACGAGUGCGAGGGCUCGAGCCGCAUUGGCUCUCGGCCGCGUCGCUACCUGUUCAGCGGCCACAGCAACGGCAGCAUCCAGAUGUGGGACUUGACCACCGCCAUGGAGAUCGCCGGCAAGGUCGACAUCAGAGCACUGGGCGGACCCACAGAGGAGGAGCUGCUGGAGCUGCUGGACCAGUGCGACCUGGCUCUGACCAGAACACCUGACAGCACACCCCGAGCUUCCACCUGCAGCCUUCACUCUCAGCUCAGCGAUGCCUUCAGGACAGAGCACCUUCGCUCUAUGGGAGGAGGACGAGGUGCAGCCGGAGGUUCGGGUUCGUCUGCGUCGCUGUACGGCAGCCUCCCCCGCCAGGCUCCGCCCCCCGUUCCCUUCGCUAAACCUGCCCGAGAAGCUGGCCUUUCACCUGGACUGCAACAAGGCCCCUCCUACCCCACCUGCAGCCAGACCAGCAGCCCCCGUCCCCUCAGGCAUCUGGACCGGGACAAAGAAUGUGGGUCUGUGCGCAGGGGGAGCUUUGUUGAGCGCUGCCAGGAGCUCGCCAAAGGUUCAGAGGCGGCUGUGAGCGUAGGGUUCCCGCCGGGGUCAGAGGGCAUCAGGCGGAGCCUGGCGGUGUGCAGUGAGUUGGAGGCCAAAUUCGGCCUUAGGACCCCUCCCACCUUCACUGUACCCCCUGCUGCUCGACAUUCACCUGGACCGCCAUCAUCGCUGUCCUCGUCACCGCUCUCGUCGUCAUUACACCGCAGGACCUCACCCGCUUCCCCGCCAAGCCCUGCCUCCGCAGCGGUGAGUCCGACCCGUUCUCAGGCAUCGGUCUCCCCUCGCCACAACACUGCGGCGUCACCCGUUGAUUCCUCGGGUACCCCCGAGAGUCCCCCAGGUCCCGACAGCCCCACCCCUUCUGGCCCGCCCACCAGCCCCAAACCACAUAUGAAUGAGACCAGCUUCUGAUUGGCUGAUCUGCCUGAGAGCUUCGGGUUCAGGUGGACACACGAUGGCUGAAAAAACUGAAAACAUGACUAAAAGCUGUUGUCAGGUGAGACGUGAAGAAGAAAAUGAUACGAUCAGCUCCUCCGGUGGUUUUUGAUAACGGCUGCAGAUCCACCUUCAGUCUUUAUUUCAGGUAAAACAAGAAAAGGCCCCAAGGCGAGGAGAAGUAACCUCUUUGGCACAAAAGCGUCUUUUAAUUAGAAUUGGAUGGUUGUGACAGGAUGAAGACCAGGUCAGAGCUGCUGCCGGAAGCCUGGGUUUGUUUGCACCACGUCAGCAUGCUGAUGCGUCGCUGUUAUCAGAGUAACCUGUCGCACUGUAACGUCACAGUUCAGCUUCUGGCAGCUGAAGAGACGGACGCUUCCUUGGGGAGGCGGUGGAGACCAAAAACUGAGCUAAAAGAGUAAAAUCCCAAACGGAGACUCCUCAGGUGAUCGAGCACAAAGCUGUUUGUAGCUUUUCUAACCAGCACUCUUUCUAACUUUUCUAACAGACUUCACAGUUUUGUCUUUUUAUUUCAUUUGUAUGUUUGCUGACUUACCGACCCUGAACGUCUCACAGCUGCUUUGAGGAAACCUGAUAAUUCCCCAGAAUCUCCAGGAACUUCCCUGGAACAAAAACUAAUUUGCAGAUGAAAUAAAAUAAUUAAAGGGUCAAAAACUGAAGCGAUUUGAAGGGAACUGAAUCUGUGUGCAUCAGGACUCAUUUCCCUGUUUGGGUCUUCAGGUCUCUGAAACCGCCUUUGAAGGUUUUAUGAACUCUACAUGUUUACUCUGGACGUUUUCAAACUCAUCAUGUCACCAAAAUAUCAAAAAUCCAAUUUAAAUUUAAAUUCUGAGCUCCUUUGAAGCUCAUUCCCUGGGAGUGCAGAGGGUGUAACUGUUUAGGUUUUCUGUAGUACACUUUAUGGCCAGCAGGGGGAGACUCCAGUACGGGAAUGUUAGGGGUGCAGCUCACCUGUUACCCAAUUUCUUCAUGGUGCGUUCAGGGCUGUCAGGCGAUUAUUUUUCACGACUUUCUACUGUUUCUCAGAUUUUGUAAGUUACCUAUGAAUCCUGAUGAUGCAUUAAUAAUCCUAAUCGAUAAUAAACAAUAAUAUAUCACUCAAA